AUGGGUGGGAAGGAAUUGCUUCACCCUAAUGUUCUUCUUUGUAGUGUUACCGUUUCACUGAGCCUUGCGGUGGUAGUUCGAUGGUUGAUGGAUCGCUGGGGUUCCCCGAUGCGGCUCCGAAACAGGGUGAUACUCUUGUGCACUGUAAGAAAAAUCGUGCAGGAUUGGGAGGAAGCAUGUUUGCGUGAGGUGGAGAAACAGAUGACUGCGUCAGCGACCGACGAGGCGCAUGAUAGACUUCUUUUUAGGUCGCAUGAAGAGAGUGGGAGGGCGAAGAGUAACACAACACCGUUUCAUGGUGUCGUGUGCUCCAUGGCGUACGCACCUGCAGUCAAUUUGAGCCAAUGGCUGCGUCUUUGGCGCGUCGGCCGCCAUCUGUGCGCCUCCGUGGUAGAAGAUAUGUUAUUGCUACAAAGAUUGGGGUAUAUUAUUAAGUUCGUUGCAUUUAGACGACUCACACUAAUGGCAGAGGUGCGGUAUUACGCAGCACUCUGGCAUCGUGCUCUCUAUGGGGAUGAUGGAGAAAAAAUGGGGAUUGGUACCCCGAUGCCGCGUAUGCCUUCAUGGCUUGUAGGGCAGCGCCCUUUUUGGAUUGUGCCUUUAUCUAGAACGGACUCAGGGCGUUUUCUCUGUCUUCCCUUGAGCCAUUUUCCUGUUGAAACUAUUCUCACGAGUACUGCGGAGGAAUCCUGGAUUAGGGACCUCGUGGAUGUUCUGCCUCUUCUGACAGAAGAGGUUUCUGUGCGUUUUAUCCCUGACAUGCUGAGGACAAUGCGCACGCUUCGCCUUCUGCGUCGUCUUGUUCAAUGGAAAUUUCCCCUUCAAUGGCAGCGUUUAUGGAAUGAGAUUGAUCGUUUAUUUCUUACGUAUGCUGCACCAUUGGCCAGGGAACAGCUUCAAAGGCGUGAGGCGGCCUGUCGUCGUUUCUAUGAAGAGAAGCUGUUUGAGGGGGUUGAAUUGGUGACAGGUGAAGGGGUAGACAUGGAAGACGAGGAAACAGGCCUUUUUUCUCUCAAGCGUAGAAGGCGAAAUAGACGGGUCGGAUGUGAUGUGCUGCUGCGGGAUGCGGCAGAUUCACGCAGACUACAGGUGCUACUACGACUGCGUUCGCUGAGCCACGCAGCGCGUGUCGGUAUAAAUUUGAUGGCGCCACAGUCCAACUUCUUUGCGGAAUGGAUGUUGUUUACAUUCCUUUCCUCUGCCACAAGUGAUGUGGGGCGUGAACAAAUUCUCAUGGAGUUUUCAGGGCAUGUUAUUUGGGGUUCGCUAGCGGCAAUUGUGAAGGCCGUGAUGUGGUCUCUGGAUGACGCCGUGAAGGCAAAAAUAUGCAUUUUGUUACGCACUGAAUUACACUACGAGUUGAACGUGAAAUUGGCCACUGCAGAUGAGGCCUUUUUGAGACGCUGCAUCGAGGGAGGUAUCACAGGAAGAGACAAUCCAGUAGAAAAGUCGUCGGCGUAUGCCGAGCAUGUAGCGUCACAAAUUCUUGGCCAGUUUGAUUACGAGCAGCAACGGUUUAUGGCACGCGUUGCGGUAGUGCUGUUUAGCAUGUGGCGACGCGAAGCUUGUGUUGCGGUCUUUGCUGCUAUUGUUGCCAUGUUUGAUUAUCAUGCAACGGCGUAUGCUUUUAGUUGUUGGUUGGGAAUUACGGUUUCCAAGGAGAUGGACCACGAGUUGGCGCGCAUGGAAGAGGAAGGUUCACCACCAUCAGAGCCGCGCUAUGGCCUCCGCCUUAUGCUGGACGUCUUAGCCGAAGCGGAAGGAAGGAAAGAGGAAGGUAUGCAUCGGCGAUACCGGCGGAAAACAACCUUCCACCCCUGUCUUGCACUUAUCGUUUGUGGGGGAACGUUUGUAUUGGACUGGCCAGUCUCAGCAAGCCCUCACUCGGGCGGCAAGGGUGAGGCCAUAGCAAUGCAGCAUCUGAAAUUGCUGGAAAUAUUCCUGGACGAGGUUAUCAACGAUGGCAGCUACGCUCUUGCAACAAAGGAAGAAUCACCCGCGGCCUGGCAAAAAAAUAUAGGCUUAAGUUCGCUUGUGCAAAGCCUCAAGCAGAACGCGGCUUUUGUCAGAGGUUUUGUCUUGAACUCUGCAGCUGUUCAAGCUUCUGGGACAGCGGUGACAAAUGUGGUGGGAAGGAAUGAGUCAGGUCAAGGGCAUGUCAUGGAUAGGAACACGGAGGUCAUUCUACAUCCUGAGGAGAUUGCCCUCUUAAAUGAUCCGCAAGGCAUGCGUCAUAUUCCGCAAACACUUUCCUUUGAUGAUGUGUUUGAUAAACCAUCUCGAUUUAUUCUUCGUCAGCUUGGCCUUGAAACUGUUUUUGCCCACACAGCGGCCACGGCGGUUAAGCAGCGGGGAUGCCGGUCCAUCAAGGAGUCUCUUUUUGAUUUUGUAUCCGGCCCUUUUCACAAUGUGUUUGCGCGGACUUUUGUGCAACUGAUGGAAUUUACAGAGCGAGUCUUCUUUUACGCCGCGUUUAGUCCGGAUGUGAAACUUCCCUGGAUAUCGUGGCCUAUUGUUCGCCAACUCUCUUCCGUUGCUUCGUGUGGCACUGAAGACUAUCGGGUUGCUAUGAGUACUAUUGACGGUCUGAGUACAGUUUCACUUUGGAGCCGCAUGAGCGGAUACCGUGUCGCAUUGAAAAAAUAUGGUGAUUAUAAUUUUGGACCUCCGUUUUGUCUGGCCAUGCAGCUCUCUCGCCAUUUGCCAACUAACUUGCAUGAUGCUUCUCCGAUUCAUUAUGCACCGCUCUUGGUGAAGCGUCGCCAGGCAUGGAGCAGGGAAAUUCAAGCUCAUGGCAAACUUGAAGUUGAUAACAUUGGCCGCAUUGUUGGUGGAUUUUCUCUUUUGAAGAGUAUUACUUUUCGUGGUGUCUACUUUGUAUACCCGCAGCUUCAUCAUUGCGUGCGAGAUGGAUCUCUACAACCAACGCUGUCCAACAUCACUGCGGAAUUUCUCGCAGGCCACAAAACGGCUAUCAUCGGGCCAACCGGAUCCGGAAAGAGCACCAUCAUUAGUUUGAUAAAACGUAUUUACGAUCCGGUGCCCCAUGUGCAUGUCAACGAGGCCUGCGAUGCAUGGUGCGAUAGUCGAGCUUUAGUCAAGGUUCUUCGUCAUUGCCUUUGCGCAAGUUUACCAAUCCCCACUGAAGAAACUGCGGAGAAUAUUAUUCUACUUGAUGGUAUUCCCAUGGGGUGCUUUUCCACAUCUUAUUUGCGGUCUGCCAUCGGGAUGCUGGAGCAGGCACCGUGCAUUUUUGAGGAGCUUACUUACUUGCAGAACUUUUCUCUUUUUGCACCGGGCGUCUCCAUGGAGGAGGUCGUGGCGGUGGCGAAACUGUGUGGUUGCGACAGUUUUGUUGAGUCUUGCGCACUUGCAUAUGAGGGGCUCGUGGGGCCGCUGAGCGCCGGGGAAAAACAACGUUUGGCGCUAGCGCGUGCAAUGCUAAUCGGCUGCAGGGGGUCUGGGGUGUUUUUGUUUGAUGAGCCAACGGCCCGCCUCGACGGCCACAACGAGAGCCUCGUUGAGGAGGCGAUGGAGGGAUUACUGGGGCCGCCGCACCGCAUGACAGUCCUCGUCGUUUCCCAUCGUCUCUCGACGCUUCGAAGCGCCACCCACGCCGUCGUUUUGAACGGGGGCCGCUUGGAGUUUCACGGUCUUUUAAAAGGCGCGGCGGCGUCAAGCCACUACGUGCAACGAGCCGUCGAGGCGCAAGACUUGCGUGACUAG